UUAUUGUGUUUAAAUUGAAUUUUCUUUACAAAGCUGCGCUUGUUUUUUCCUUUUCUAUUCCUUAUUUUGACGAUUUAUGCGCUCAAAUUUUCCUCUCAAAUUUUUUUAUUUUGACUUAAUUUUAUACAGUUAUUUUGAUUCAAUCAUUAUGCCUUUAAUCGAUAACACUAUCGAACGUGUAAUCAACUUUAUACAGCGCUGUGGCAACACUAAAAGUAUUUACCGUCCCAACUCACACCGUUGUAUGGCGUACAGGACGUAUGAGUAACUUCGCAGCAUCCUAACGGCCAAAUGUGCUCAGCGCAAAAUAAUCACUUUUAGUUCUUCGCUGGCCAACGUUGUGUUCGCAUGUAUUUCUAACGGUACUUACGAAGCAUUGAAAAAUUCAAAGUUUGUUAGAAAUCUAAAACUAAAAAUAAAACAGAAAAGUCAAGAACGCCGACCGGAAGUCAAGCCACAAUUGUGUCAGUAUUCGCGCGCAACAACAACAACAACAAAAUAAACACACAGCAAUUUAACAUUAUUUGUGGUUUUUUUGUUUUUGUGCUUUUUGAAUUUCAACAACAACAAAACCCGUCAAAUGUAAACAGUGCCGCGGGCAUUUAGUCUACGCUUACUGUGUGUGCGUGUGUGUGACUUUGUAUUGCACUGUGCUUGAGUGUUUUGAUUGAAGUUGUGCAAGUUGUUGUGCUGCACUCUGUCUUAUCAAGUGAGUGGUGCUUAACAGCGCGUGUUGUUGUUUGCUCACCUCAACCAUUCACACACACAUACAUACAUAUGUAUGUACAUAUGUGAACGUAGUACUAUGCUUUAUUUUACGAUUUGAAAUAAACAUAAAUGUUCUAGUGAGUGUUAAUUUUAUGAACAACAAUAACUGCAAUUUAUGAAAUAAUCACAAGUAAGCAAAUCUGUGCGCAAUUUAACAGGAAAUAUAAGAAUCACGAAAAAUAAAACAACAAAAUGAAAUAAAAAAUAAAGCAAAAACUUAUAAACCUAAAAAACAAAUAAAUAUAUAUAAAAAUUAAAUAAAAAAAAAAUUAAAUAAAAAAAUAAAUUAAAUUAAAAAAAAUCAAAUAAUAAAAAAAUAAAGAAAAAUUUUAGCUGGCGGCUAAGUCCAGUAACACAAAUAACUACACACACACACACACACACUUGGAUACGCAUAAACUCAAUUAAAAAAGCAAAUGUCAAAAGCAGCUGCAGCGCGUAAACGAAAAUUGACAUGUGAAUGACCUGCUAGUACAGUUAUUCGUGACAGUGUGCAGCAACGCGUUGUGCAAAUGACGAAGCGCUGUCUGCUCUCUACACACAUGCUGGUAAUUAGUGCAAUCAGUUAAAUGACAUUUUCACCAUUGUAAAUGCACGCCAAUUGAUGCUGUCAAUUAAGCGCGCGCGUGAAAGCGGACAACGACGAAAACUACCACAAAACAAAAUAGCGCGUUCGUGUGCGUGUGGCAGAACACAGUGUUGGCGACGGCGUUAGAACGGGGGCAUGCCGCGGAAUUGCAUUUAAUACACGGAAACAAAUACAACACAAGACAGCGUGUUGUUGUUGGAAAUUUUGUUUUUGACAUUUCGAUAUUCUGCAGCAACGCCGAAAUUCACUUAACACCGCCAAGUUGGAAGGAAAAAAACUGUUUACGGCUGUUAAUAAUAUUUUAGCCGGUUCGAGCUUUGCCCGCGAACUCAGGCAACUAAUGACGAGAAAGACUACAGGCGUCGCGGAUGACACGGCUGCUGGCGGCGACAGCGCGGACGCACAACAGCUUGAGGACGCUGCGCACUACGAGCCACCAGUUAGCUACAGUUCCGAUACAACAGCCACAACACCGCCAACACAACAACAACAACGUGAGCAGCAAGCGAACAGCAUGGCUGCCGCGAACACGGAAGCAGCGUGCAGCGGCGGAGCGUUCUCGCUACGCCAACGACGUGUCUCCGAAUUGGUGCUGGACUCAUACAGCGGCCGUACAGCGACAGCAGCACAAGAUUAUGACGAUGCGGCAGCUGUGGAUCUUGAUGAGUAUGAGGAGGACGAUUACGAAGAUGGCGUUGAUGGCGAAAACGAUUAUUACGACGAAUCGCCGGUGCAGCGCAGCGCUAGAUUCUUACAGCCACGUAGACAACAAAGGAAAAUCGAAUUGCCGGAGCAGGCGACGACUAGCGCGGCGGCGAAAGGCGGCGUCAAACGGACAAAGCGACGCAUUAAGACCGCACGUCAAUUCUCGCAGCGCACCACUUCGACCGAGUCCACGGAGAGCGGCGUGCGUCCAUGCAUAUCGAAGGGUCAAAUGCGCGAAUUUCGUGAAGCAUUUCGCUUAUUCGACAAGGAUGGCGAUGGCUGCAUAACGAAGGAGGAGUUGGGCACCGUAAUGCGUUCAUUGGGUCAAUUCGCGCGUGUCGAGGAAUUGCAGGAAAUGCUGCAGGAAAUCGAUGUGGACGGCGAUGGCAAUGUUAGCUUUGAGGAAUUUGUGGACAUACUUUCCAACAUGACAUAUGAAGACAAAUCGGGGCUUUCCUCUGCCGAUCAGGAGGAACGUGAGUUGCGCGACGCAUUUCGUGUGUUCGACAAGCAUAAUCGUGGCUAUAUAACGGCCUCAGACCUGAGAGCGGUGCUGCAGUGCUUGGGCGAGGAUCUGGAUGAGGAAGACAUUGAAGACAUGAUAAAAGAAGUGGAUGUCGACGGCGAUGGACGCAUUGACUUUUAUGAGUUCGUGCAUGCGUUAGGCGAGCCAGAAGACUCACAAGAAAAUGAUGACGAGAAUGAGGAGGAAAAUACUACUUCACCAUUACCAACACCAAAAUCCGUUGUGUCGAUGACGUAUGAGUAAGGAAUGCAGAAUUUUGACAGCUAAUGACGAAACUGCUUAACGAAAGCUUAACUAAAAGCAAACUAAUAAGGAUAAUAAGCAACCAAACAAAAAAAUAUAUAGUAAUAAGUGAAAAAUAAUAAUAAA